AUGUCUCAAAGCAGUCCAAUGAGUGUGAAAUCAUCAAUGGAAGGUUUUAAAUUAACUUUUGAUGAUUUUUUGAAACUAGAUUUAAAAUAACUUUAGAUAAAUAUUAUUGGGACAGAGAAUGAAUAUGGAUUUAGUUUUACAUUAUAUAAAAUAUAAGUGAAACAUCCAAAUAUUCAACCAUUUAUUUGUAAUAGACGAUAUAAUGAGUUUUAUGCAUUACACAAAGUGGUAUAUAAAUUAUUUGAUAGUUAAGUUGAAAAUGAAAUAUUGUAAUUUGGAUUUACCUUAAUUUCCAUCUAAACAUGAAUGGCUCUUUAAAACAGAGAAAAGAAAAGCUGGAUUUCAUCUAUUUUUAAAUAAGUUAGUUUUAAUAGCAAUGUAACAUCCUUAAAUAUAGAGCAAUAUUCUAAAAUUCUUAUAUUACUUUUUGACAAGAGAUUGUAAAUAAAAAUAACAUAAAAAAUAUAGUACUUGGAAAUUAAAAAUAAACUAUUCUUGCAUCAACAGAUGUUUAAAAUGAAGAUGAACCAGAUUGGCAAUUUAGAUAUCAUAAUUUAUCUACUGAAGAUGCAAGUCAAGUAGGAAAUUAUAGUUUUGAUUAAUAAAAGAAAUUGGCUACAAAUGUAUAAUUAAGAUUUUCAGAUGAUGAAACUUGGUAAACAUUUUAUGGAAAGAUUUAAGAAGGCACAUUACAAUUAUAUUAACAUAUAUCUUAUAAUUAUUUUAGUUGUCAAAUAAUAUUAUUUUAAAUUAAAAUUGAAUUAGCAGAUGAUGUCAUUGUAAAUUUAAAUCUAUAUUAAUAGUUAAUGUAUCAUGAUUAUGAUUAUUAGAAGAUUUAAUUAACAGUAAAUGAUCCUAAUUUAUUAAAAAUCUGGUAUACUCAAUUGAAAUUAGCAUCUCAAGAUGUUAUUUAAUAUGAAGGAAUGCAUGAUGAUUUUCAUUCUUUAGGAAAAGUAUAGAUUCAAAUAAAGGAAGCAAUUAAUUUAACUAAUAUAAUUUAAGAUUCUUUUUUGUUUGUUAAAAUAUCAUUUCCUCCAUUUACAUGUUAAACAAAAUAACAUGUAUAUAGUAAUAACCCAUAAUGGAGUUAAGAUUACAUUCUUCCAAUAAUAGAUUCUUUUUCUGUAUUAAGAUUAGAAUUGAUAAGUGAAAUAUAGGAUGGUAUUUUGAAAAGAAAAGUCAAAUAAUCAAUUAUAGGUGUAGCUGAAAUAUAAAUUGCAGACUUAUUGAGUUAUCAUUCAGGAACUAAGUUUUCAGUAAAAAUUUAUAUCUUAUUUUCUAUUAGAGAAUAUCAUUACCAUUAAAUAAAGAUAGUAACAAUAAUGAUGUAUUUUAAUUUCUUAAGAAAAAUUCUACAAAUCUAGAUGAAUAAUAACCAUGUUUAAUUGUUACAAUAAGGAAUAUGUCAAGUCCUUUGUCACUUUUUGGACCUGGUCCUGUUUUUUCAUAUGAAAAUGAAUAAUUAGAGCCUGAUCUUACUGUUAUCAAAAUGAACAUCAUCAGAUUUAAAAGAAUAAUCUCAUUAAUGAUUUAAUUUUAACUUGCUUUAGAAGAUGUAGUAGAUUAAAAGUAUCCUAGAUUAACUUUAAUAGUUUUUACUUUUAUGUUUAUCUUCAUUUACAAUGCAGAUUUAAAUAAUAUUCUAUAAUACUUUGGAUUCUUAUUAUUAUUCAUAUUAAUUUAUUAACAUCCCACAAUACAUCAUUAUGUAGGGUUAUUUUUGGAUAAGUAUAUUUUAUGUGAAUUGAAUUAAUAUUAUAAGACUCCUUAAUUAUUCACAUAAGAAGAAAAAGAUCUUAAAAAGAAUACUUAAUCAUUAGAUAAAGUAAUUAAAUUUGAAGGAAAUGAAAUUAAAUUAGAAGUUGAUGAUGAAAAUGAACCAAAAGAAUCAUUUUAUCAAAAAAUUAGAGCAAUCAAGAAAACUUUCUUUAUUGUUUAAUUAUAUUUAACUUAUUUGAGUAAUUUUGCAGAAAAAGUGAUUAAUUUAUUCACUUGGUAAGAAUACCAUAGAACUCUUUGGUUUCUCUAUGCCUUAUUUUCACUUUACUGUGUUAUUUGUAUAUUACCUAUUAGAUAUAUAAUGUUAGCUGGAAGUAUAUUAUAUAUAUAUAUAUAUUAGUAAUAAAUGAAUGGUUUGAUGGACGCAUUAUAUUUAAAAAAAGAUAAGCUCAUAAUUAGAAAAUUGCUAAAGUUAUGAUGGAAUAUAUAUAUAAGAAACAUGCACCUGAAUUAGUGUGCAUUCCAAAUUAUUUAGAUGUAGCAUUCCCUAAAGGAGAUUUUAGAACAAAAAUGGCUAAUGAAUUACUUAUGCAUUUAACUAUCUCUAUGAAUCAAGAAGAAACUAAUAAAUAUUAGAAUGGAAAUGAAGUUAUUAGGUAAUAUUAGAUUUAAUUAAUAGAGAUUUAACUACUUGUUCUUAAAAAUUAAAAUGGGUUUCAAUUACUGAUUAACAUUUUGUUAGGGAUUAAUUAUAUUAUGAAUUAAGAUAGAAGGGAAAGUUUAGAAUGAAACCACAUUAUUUAGUAUACUACACAAUUACUAAUUUCAUAUACAAUAUUCCAUCAUAGUAUUAUAGGUUGAGAAGGCCAAUUCAAUUAUUUAAAUGAG